CCAAAUUUGGCGACUUCUUAGUAGACAUUAUCUAACCAUUACCAUUGUCAGAAAAAUUACAUGACUGUUAGACCAUUUUCCUUAAAUGGCUACCAAAGUUUUACCAAGCAGUUGAUCAAUUUUGCUGGCUGGUAUGGUAAUUUUUCUGGCCAAACACAACACAAUUACCGUACGAUUGGGUAAUUUCUCAUGAUGUCCGUCCAAGGUUCAAAGUAUUUGGACAGUUGCAGGGAACUUUGUCUUCUUGUUCAAACUUUUUGAUAUCCCACCACUGAAAUAAAAUCCCAAAUAAUAAUUUUUACAAUCGUUUAUAACAGCAAGAAAUUUUAAACUAUUUCUUUCAAUCCAUCCGUUCAUACGAUGAACCCGCUUCCUCUUCAUUAUUUCAAUUCUGGGGUUGAAAUUCACAUGGGAAAAUCACAAGAUAAAUUGACGACUCAGAAAGCUUCUUUUUUGUCAAUUCUUAGAUGUCUUAUUAUGUCGUUCGGGCCCAUAAUAAUCACACCAAAUUUGCUCUUCGACGUGCACCACAGCCUCCGCUAAAAGGGACGACAUCUUCCGUUAUUUUUCCGCCUUUAUACUCCCUUUUUCACAUAGAAAUUUCCCGUGGUGUCUUAUUCAAACGAUUUUUCGGCACCCUGGCAUUCAAGGGUUCCCGGGCCCCCUUUUUCCCAUGUAUACAAAUUUUUGCUCUUUUGGCCACAUAACCCACAUUUGAAUGGUGCACAAUCCAACCCGUUAUAACACCAGGUUUUUACGAUUUCUGACCGUGUUAUGCGUGUGACAGAGAGUGGCGUAGUGAGACGGGAACAUUCAUCCACGCGUGUUUCCACACCCCCACCUGCCUAUGGAUGCCUAUGCCCACAUGAAAGGGUCAGAAAUAACGGGAACAAAUGUUCUACGGUGGAUUUGCAAUUUCACUCCUUCAGAUGUAAAUGGGAGUUGGAUGUGUCAAUUCCCGAAGGACUCAUUCAAAAAAACUUUGACGAAUAUUCUAGAAAAAUUUUCAAAUUCCAUUUGACAAGGAAAUAGUGAGAAAUAUAUGAAUACAUAGAUUUUCUAAAGAUGAUUGCGUCAAGUGAAAGUGACAUGAAGUGAUAUGUUAAGAAUAUUGUUAAAUAACAUCUGAAACAUGAUGAUGUUUUUCGAUAAAUACGCAGACGUGUAUAUCAUGUUCGCACCUCGUACUCUGAUGAUGAUUCAUACCAUCGGCUAUUAAAGUUUUCAAUAAAUCAUCUAUUUAAGAAAAGUCGCACAGUAAAGACUGAAGCAACAUGGAGCUGCCGAAUUUCAUGGUUCUCCUCGUUAUCACAUUCUGUUUCGCCCACGGAAAUCAAGGUCUACCAUCUGUGAACCGUCAUCCUAUCGGCUGGCAAAUGAAUAUGGAAAGAAGCCGUUGUGUCAAGGCAUGUUCCCAAUAUUCAGAAGAAGUAAUGACUGGAUCCUGGGACGAGGGCACCAGGCUAUGUUCCUGUCUGGAUGCGUCUGGUCAUGUUACCGUAUCGGCAUCAAUAUUAACGAUUGAUAAUAACAAUCGCCAUCGACUUGGUAUUAAAUCCAAUCGUGUUCCUUGCACGGAGUAUCACGUUCAACACAAUCUGCCAUGCACAAUUGAUUAGCUGAGAUCAGAAAGAAAUAAUCGGAUACCAUGUGUUACAUGAAAUUUACACAUUAUCCAUUUUAAUAAAGUGAUUUACGCAAGUUGCGUGUUGUCCUGAA